GCUCCCACCACCACCACCAGCACUACCAACACCAACAAACUCAUCCUCAUCCUCCUCCUCCAACGUCUCCCAGAAGCAGAAGCCAAGCGCAUCACUCAAAAGAGCACCAAAAUCAACAACUACAACAACAACAACAACAACACACAAGCUCUCCCUCGCCAUGAACCUCACCCUCCUCGCCGCGCUACUCUCCGCGCCUCUCACAUUCCCCGCCGCCACCACGGCCGCCCUGUCCGCCGCACGCAGCACAGACAUCCCGCAGUGGCAGUCCCUUUUCACCCAGGUCCGGUCCGAUCCUGCCGGUGUCGCGCGGGAAAAGUACGACGACGCGCUGGAGUGGGUCACGCAGGUGGCGACGACAAGGAGCCCGUGGGGAGGGUUGUCGGCGCAGCAGGCGCAGUGGGCCAGGGAGGAGGAGGAGGCGCUCGCGCGGAGAAAAGGGUUGGUCGAUGCGCUGGCUGAUGCGGUGGCGGGUGCGACGAAGAAGGGGCAGAAGCAGAAGACGAAGAAGGAGAACAAUAACGAGGAGAAGAGCGGCAGCGGCAGCAGCAGCAGUAAAGAAAGGGGAAAGGAAGCGACGGAAGGAGGAGGAGUGAAAUACACAAAGGCCAAGACCGGCGACAAGGAGUGGCGGCGCGAGAAGCCGGGCGGCGACGACAGCACAGAAGGAACCGACUCCCCGCUGCUGCCAAAGGAUGAGGGCUCUACAACCAAACCAAAGACAGAAGCUGGCACCCUCCUCAAGCAGGAACAGAAGCGCAAAGUGGCAGACAACAAAGACCAGCCCAUCGGCGACACAAUCGCCGACAUCCUCGCCGCGUUCCAGCAGAACAGGCCCAAGCGCGAGACCUCCGGUGUCGACAUGCUCAAGGCUUCAUCUGCAGCGGAUGCGGAGGGAAAGGAUUCUGUUUCGGACGGCCAGGCCAAGAAGAAGAAAAGCGGCGGCCUGACCAAAGAACAGCAGGACCUGGCGGAGUCGGUGGCCGGCCUGAUCGGGUUCUUCGGCAAGGCGAUGGCGGACAACAGCGCCAAGUCCGAGGCCGCUUCCACUGGUGAUGUCGUCGUUGAAGCCGAGGAGGUCAUCGUCACCGCCGCUGAAACUACCGAGACCGGUGUAGAUGAGCAGGACGGUCGCGAGGUUUCAGGGAUCAUCGUAGAGGAGAAGCGCGAGGUCAAGAUCAAGCCCGACACAGAAGCAGGAGUUAAGCUCAACGACAAGCCCAAGUCACCCUCAUCGUCUGGCGCCGGAGCCGCAGAGGCAGUCGGCGACCUCCUCGGCCUCCUGGGCAAGCUCAACUCGGGCGCGCUUGCCAAAAAGCCGUCUUCGGAAGCAUCCUCCUCUUCUUCUUCUUCCUCGUCCUCCUCGUCCUCCUCGUCCUCCAGAUCUAACCCCGUCGGUGGGAACGGCGCAGGCGCAGCAGGGGCGGCAGACCUGCUCGGCCUCCUUGGAAAACUCGGCGCUGCGGCCGGUGGCAGCGGCAAUGCUGGUGGGGCCAACAAGAAAGGCUCCGGGCCUAGUCUCGACCUUGCUGGCCUCCUAGGCGCGCUGGGCUCGGUCGCAGGAGGGAGCACCGCCGGCGGGACGCCCAAAAAGGGCUCUGCCGCUGGCGGUGGUGGUCUCGACCUGGUCAGCAUCCUUGGGGCACUGGCUGGCAGCACCAGUAACAACGGAGGCCGCGCAGGAGCUGGAGCAGGUGCAGUUGCAGGGGAAGGCACACCGAUGCCAGCGGGCCUAGACAUCAACAGCGCGUUCAAGAUGCUCAAGGUGAUGAACGCGUUCCAGGGGCUCAGCAAGACCCUGACAGACGACAGCAGCAGCAGCCAGGCUGGUGCUGGCGCUGCUGAUGGCGACGGCGCGCCGCGCAAGGCUUCGGCGGCGGGCGUUGGAGGAGGAGGUGGCGGGGAAGCAGCCGACUUGCUGGGCGCGGGACUCGAGGCGCUGUCGUUCUUUGGCAAGGUCAUGGCAAACAUGCCCCAGCAACCGGUUGCGGCGGGUGCGGACAAGCAGGCACCAGCUGUGGUCGCAGCAGCAGUGGCAGAUGGAGAGGCAGGUGGCGAUGCUUGAGGAAAAGGCUUAGGA